AUGAACAAAGUCUCCUACACAUCUUUUCGUCUGAUCACCAUGCUAUUCGAUAAGAUGCUCAAAAGUCGCAACAAAUGCCGUGUCUAUAUCACGCUGCACCACCGUGAUGACUUUUCCCUGCCACACAACCGAAAGAAAAUGGGAUACGGCGCCUAUAACUGGUCGAUCCUGAUCUGUCCCAAGGUCUCGACUGGCGGAGACAGCUUCGCAUACGAUGUCACCAACGUCCCUGAGCCCGACUCCUUCCUCAAGUUCGAGUCCAACCCUGACCGUGAGUGGCGCUAUCGACAGAAACCACAUGUCGAUCCGACCAACUGCUCGACGAUGGUUGAGAGGAUUAUGAUAGGCAAGAUCCCCAACGACAUCACGUACGCGGGUAUCCAGCACCUCCUUGAGACCAUCCCGAUCAAGCAGAAUGACGCCCACCACAAGCAAACCGGGGUCAGAUGGAUUGUUCAAGCCAUUCAUAAGCUCCAGAAUACUAUCCUCCUUGCGGAGGUAUUCAGUAUUCGAGAGUUUAUGGAUGAAGCGGUCAAGUUGGCGGAAGAACGUUUACGGUUGGGUUCAUCAGUUCCGGAGCUAACGGACUAUGCGGAGCGACCCCAGGGGACCGAGAACUCCGAUAUGUCGCCACCGUCAUCUGGGGGGUGA